AUGCACCGGAGGGCCUCAAGCAUAUCGAGCGACGGUGAUGACCGCUCCCAGCAGAAGGUCAGACUCGUAGCCCGGACCGAGCACAAUCAUCACUGCGAGCAGGAGCUUAGCGGGCUGCGCGCGACCGUGGUGAGGCUGCGGGAGCAGGUGGAACAGCGCGAGAAAGAGCUCGAUGAGCUGAUGGCCAACGAUGAUGCCAACUUGACCAAAGUCCAUGAAGAUUAUGCCAGGCUCUAUCGAGAGAGUAUGGAAAAGGACCGGCAGAUAAUCCUUUUACAGAGAACAAUCGAGAAGCUGAAGACCGCACCUGAAGUGAAUAACGCCGUCGCGCCCUUGGAGCCAGCGAAGAAGGAUGCUAUACGUAGCAUGGAGGCGAGUCGAAUGCACGACAUAUUUGAGCGCACACUGACGACUAUCAAGGUCGACUUAAUGCAGAAAUUGAAUCUGGCUGAGGCCGAGGUGCGAAGGCGUGGUGAAAUCAUCGUGAAUCUCACGAGAGACACGAGUCUGCUGCGGAAAGCAGCCUUAGCCGGUGCCGCCGUCAACGUACCGUCGAACGCCCGCCUUCUACAGGCUCCCCUCCCAGAGAGCAUCUCCCGUGAUGACCUGGUUACGGCCACCUCCGACAACAGAUCGUUGACCUCUCGCGCCGUACAAGCGUCGCCCUCCGAGGCUGUUCCCGGUGGUGAUGUGGCCACGUCCGCUGCCACCGUCGCAUCAUCGAACUCUCGCCUGCAGCAGUCUCCCCUGGCCGAGGGCAUUCCCGGUGGUGACCUGACGACAACCGCUGCUUCUUCGGUGGCAAAACAAGCCGUAGCAAGUUCGUCGGAGACCCCACUCGAUCGGGAUUCCCCUCCCUCUGGAAUACAAGCGAGCACGGAUAGUCCAAGUGCGCGGCAUUCCGGAGCUGAGGCGUCGCCCGACGAAGGCACGACACAGACCGAGUCGCACGUCGCGGACCGCUCCGCUGUUCGAGAUGCGCCGAAUGAUCGACCCAUACCUUCGAGCCUUGUGCUCGACGUCGCCGCGCUCAAGGAUAUGUCAAAAAAUGACCUGCACGAUCAGCUGAAACUAUGGCGCUGGCAGUUGUGCGCAGACACGCAGCCGUUCAGCCUCCUCAAGAAUAAGCCAGAAAAAAUUCAGGAGCUUGAGUGCCUCAUUGGGCGCUACCCAGAUGGUCGAGUGUUCGAUCCUCAAUCUAGGAAGCGAAGGAGUGUUGUGAUGACUUGA